UGGGUGAUUAUGGUUGGGUAGUUCAAUACUUAACCGUGCUUUAGCGGUUUUUCUUCAGUGCAAAUGCACCGCAGUCUUUCACACCAUCCCACUACUUGCUUUGCUCUUUAGAAGUGGUAGCUUGGAUCUCUGGACUGGUUUAACACUGAUUGAACGUAGUGUGCAAAGAAGCACCAAAGAAAAACCGAUGAUGUACAGGGUAUCGGUCUAAUUCUUAUAGGUCUAAUUAGUCUAGAGAAACAGAUUGAGGUAGGAAUAGGAUGUAGUGGUGGAGAUUUGUGAGAUUGAUUGCUGCUGUGUUAUCUGUUGCAAAAGAAAUUCCCUUGUGCGCCUCUUCUCUGAAAUGACAAAAGUAAUGGAAUGGUGGCAAGCACUUUAGUUAGAGGUGAUAAUUUUCAUUGGCCUAAAGUCGCCAGGUAAUCGAGAUCCAUUUCUGAAGGAGUAGGUGCGGCAAUAAACAAAGCAUGCCUCCUUCCAGUGCUACCUCCACUAUGCCUUGUGGGUUUCGUCUUUCGGUAACUAAUCAAGUGUCUUUUGAGCUGCCUAUUGCUGUAUAAAAGCAGGAAGUCGAGAAGUGUUUUCUGCACUGAAUUGAAGAAAUGGAAGCUCCAAUGAAGUACAUUUGCCUCAUGGUGUUUCUUGCAAUUCUCGGCAUAAGUCAGUUUAAUGGGGCAUAUGGGGCUGGUGAGUGUGGAAAAUCUAGUCCUGAUAGCGAAGCUUUGAAGCUGGCUCCCUGUGCAUCAGCAGCACAGGAUGAAAAGGCUCCAGUUUCCGCUAGUUGCUGUAGCCAGGUAAAAAGGAUAGGCCAGAACCCUAGCUGCCUCUGUGCCGUGAUGCUUUCAAAUACUGCUAAGAUGUCGGGAGUGAAACCAGAAAUUGCUGUUACCAUUCCAAAACGUUGUAACAUUGCUGAUCGUCCCGUGGGUUUCAAGUGUGGAGCUUAUACACUGCCCUGAAGACGCUGAAGUCGCUGAUGGUGCCUGGUACAAGGACUGUGAACGAGUACUGGAGAUUGUAUCUCAUUAUCUCUGUAACUAGGUUUCAUCUAGCGUUUCACUGUGACAUGUUGAUCCAGAUACCCUAAAUAAUAAAUAAAUUGUUGAUGUUUUAACCGUCUUUAAGAA